UGAUGGAAACAAGGGUGAAGAGUCAAGGCUAACGUAAGUCAUCUGAAUGCGAUCAGGUGGUGCCUUUGUUUGAUAUGAAAUUUUUUCAAACAGAUUUUAUUUAGAAAAGUUCUGGACAAAAAAUCAAAAUAGAACUCCCAGAAUCUCGAAAUGGAUUUCAAGUGGAGUUAUGACCAGCAAGAACCCUCCGUUUUUAUUCCUUACAUGUUUGACACCCCCAACAGCUACAUGGCUACUGUCCUUACUGCAGAUUUUGGUUAUAGUUUGGACUUGAAUACUGACUCGGUCCAAUGUUACCUGGAAAAUGAAUCAAAUGAAGAAAUCGACAUUGAAACAAUUACACCCAUUAGUCACUUCGAUAUGGAUGCAAAACAAACUGUUGAACAGUACCAGGAAAUCUUAACUAAUGGGUUAAUCCAUUCUAAUGUACAGGAUCUUGAAGGAACAGAGAUACGGAUGAAAAAAACUGAUGAGUAUGCGAGGGCUGUCGAUACUCAACAAAAUUCGAUGAAUAUUGACAGUAUUCCUGCCUCACGAGAAUCGCGUGAAUGGCAGUAUAUCCAGUAUACUGAUACUUUCGGAAGCACGCAGUGUUUUGCUGUAAAUAACGAAGCUCACGAUCAGAAGGAGCAGGUCGAAGAAAGUCAGACCCACCACCAGCUGCUUACUCUUCAGCCCGAUUGUAGCAAGAGUCAGCUAUACCGAUUGCUCAACUUGUCUUCAGAUACAAACCAUUCAACAGAUGAACCUUUAAAUUUUGAAACAGUAACGGAGCUCACGUACCAAUCAGAUUCCGGAAAAACCAAUGCACAAUCUUACCCCCCAUCCGGAAAUGUCUCAAGCACCGAUCAAUUGAUCGUCAUGGCCGACUUAACUGUUCUUGUAAAGAAAAUUACAGAACAGGAUCAUAGUAUUGGCUUACCUGAAGUCACAAAGAAAGAUGAAAAAUCCACCUUUUUUCCAAAGCCGGCCCAGUCCAAAACCAAAGUCGCGCAUUAUCCGAUUACUGGCGAUCUUGGAUUAGAAACUGGGAAACUACCGGAUUCACCCCGGCCUGCCGAAGAAAUCUUUUUUGAUGCGGUUGGUCCAUCACCUUCAAAUCCUGAAUCUGCUUUGUACCCCAUUCCAGCCAAUUCCGAGAUUGGACCGUUCUGCACUGCCAUCGGUAUCUUCUCAUCUGUUUUUUACAUGACUGCUCUUCCGCAUAACCGAAGUAAACUACAAGCAGAAGAGCUGAAGAAUGGCGUCAUUAUCGAAUUACACAACCGCUGGCUUCAAAACAAAGACACGAGGAAAAAUUUUGUCAGGGUACUCUGCCUGUUGUUUGACAUUGGUUUAGAUUGGACUAAUCCAUGUGUAGUCAUUCGACUAUUCCGCAAAGCGUUGAUUCCUCUUCUUGCUGAGAGGGCGGAUCUCGUCAGGUGUUUUACUGCAACUUCUACCCGCAGAGCAUCCCAUUCCAAAUGGAAGACGCAAAAAGAUAGCAAUCCUCACCAGCAGAUCUCGCAGUUUGAUUCGGCUGUCUUUGUUAUACCACCGGACAGAUUCGAAGAUACGUUUCCUAAUCCUAUCAAGGCGAAGAGCAAAGUGAUCAACAGCAAUUUGGCUGACAGUAAACCGGUGACGGGCAAAGGGCGUAAACCUACCCAAGGCCAACAAUUGCUCGAUCUUCAAGCGCGUUUUGAUGCUUUCCGUCGAGAGCAGCGCAAGCACAAUACUGCAUUCCUUCGUCAUAUUUCCCUUAUCCAGCGUCAACUCGAAGACAUGAAACGGAAUACCUCUAAACGCUUAUUUCAAAAUCGCCGGCGUUCCAUGCUAAACCCUACUGUGUGAGUUCCCGGAUUCUUGGAAUUUCUGUUGGACAGAAUAUGUUGGCUAACGGAUUUUAUUUUUAAUAUUUCUAAUUAUUUUUGGACAGCUGAUGUUUGAAAACAACUCAAAGUUAUUUGAUUGCACCUCGAUUCCUGAGAUCCCUUUUGUUGUCUUCAUUUUCUAACCCAGAGAUAUGGCUCGUCCAGUAACGCGCAUCCAAGUCAAACGGAAA